UUGCAAGGGUUGUCAAUUAGUCGUCGGAACGCAGCGCCGGCGACCGGCGAAAUUCUAAUCGUAAUCGACUCUGGCGGCCGGAUCAAUCGGUCGAAGCAAUCGGACUCGCCACCAGUCGAUCGAGCUGUACACAAGUGCAGUCGUAUACCGACUUGAAUUAGAAUUAGGCCGUGUGAUCUCUCCCAAUAAAAGCAGUACAGAUUGUCGUGCGUGCUGAUCUCCAUCGAAACCAUCAACGUUGAUCAGCCAUGGCUCGCCGUCGUCGAGGUUUUCCGGCGACGUUGGUCACGCUGCUGCGGCUCGUCGGCUGCCUGCUUCUUGCCUUCUUCCUCGCCGCGCCGCCGUGCGCCGCCGCGCAGCAGGUCAAGACGUCGCACGCGCAGUUCGCGUUCCACCUCCCGCUCCCCGACGGCGUCACCGGCGCCGAGAGCCUCGCCUUCGACUCCUCCAACCAUGGCCCCUACACCGGCGUCUCCGACGGCCGCGUCCUCCGCUGGGGCGGCGCCGCCGCCGGCUGGACCACCUUCGCGCACCACGAAAACUACCGGAAGAUUCCGAUGUGCACGACGCCGGUGGCGCCGGCGGAGGAGACGGAGAGCAUGUGCGGGCGCCCGCUGGGGCUCGCGUUCCACGACAGGACGGGCGACCUCUACAUCGCCGACGCGUACAAGGGCCUGAUGCGUGUCGGGCCGCGCGGCGGCGAGGCCGAGGUGCUCGCCGCCGGCGCGGACGGCGUCCCGUUCAACUUCGUCAAUGGCAUCGACGUCGACCAGGCCACCGGUGAUGUCUACUUCACCGAUAGUAGCACCACCUACCCACGCCGGUUUAACAGCGAGAUCAUGAUGAAUGCCGAUGCGACGGCGCGGCUGCUAAAGUACGACGCGGCGACGAAGCGGGUGACCGUGCUCAGGGCCGGGCUUCCGUACGCCAAUGGCGUGGCCGUCAGCCGCGACGGGAGCCACGCCGUGGUGGCGCACACGGUGCCGUGCCAGGCGUUCCGGUACUGGAUCAAGGGGCCCAACGCCGGCGAGUACGAGCUCCUCGCCGACCUGCCGGGUUACCCCGACAACGUCCGGCGAGACGCCAAUGGGGGAUACUGGGUGGCGCUCAACCAGGAGAAGGCGCGGCUCGACGCCACCGCGGCGGCGGCGGUGGCUCCUCCGGCGAAGCACCUCGUCGGCGUCCGGCUCGACGGCGAUGGCGUCGAGGUCGAGGAGCUGACGGCUGCCAAGGGUGUGACGCUCAGUGAGGUUGUGGAGAGGGGCGGGAAAUUGUGGCUCGGCUCUGUUGAACUCGAUUUCAUUGGCCUAAUGCAAUGAACAAAAAGAUGUCUAUA